CUAGAAAGAAACAAAAAGCGAAAUCCAAGCAAAAGCCAGCGCACCCACUCGGUCCCUCUCCCUCCUCUCCCGUCUCCUCGAUUCCCGAUUCCUCCUCGCGUGCCGUCGCCGUCCACCGCGGCAGGGCAAGCAACGGCUGGCUGCCUCGCGCGCUCAUGUCGUCUUCUCCCUCCGGGUGCCGCCAAUGUCUAGCCAUGCCCAAGUCGACCACCGCCGUCGUCGUCGUCCGCGUCUUUUCCUCUUGACGAGAACGAGCACGAAGCUUUACCUCCUUGUCCUCCUCGUCGCCGUCGUCCUGAUCGCCGACGUGUGCACGGCGUCGCGGCAGUUCUCGACGGUCGCCAUCUCGCACGCGCCCAACGCCACGCUCGUCUGCGCGCUCGUCACCACCAGCGCCGCCGAUGGCGCGGGGACCAAGCUGCACUGCACCUCGCACCCGGACGGCCAGCAGUUCGUGUACCCGUCCGCGGACAUCCCCUACAACGCCAUCGCGGCGGGCACCGACUUCCUGUGCGGCCUCAUGGCGCCGCUCGGCGGCCACGCCGCCAUGCGCUGGUGGUCCUUCUCCGAGGAGUUCGCCGCCAACCGCUCCCGCCCCGUCGGCCGCCGCCUCUACUGGGGCCCCUCGCUCCGCUCGCUCAACGCCGGCGGGUCACACGUCUGCGGCCUCUCCGACGACCACGACCCCACCUGCUGGGAGUGGCCGCACCUGGCCCUCCCCAAAGGCCUCGACUUCUCCCGCAUCGCGCUCGGCCACGACUUCCUCUGCGGCAUCGACAAGCGCGACAACACCAGCAUGAGCUGCUUCGGCGGCAUGACGACGCCGUCGCUGACGCCCACGCCCGCGGCCUUCAAGACCCUCGCCGCCGGCCACCGCCACGCGUGCGCCGUCGACGCCGAGGGAGGAUUCGCCUGCUGGGGCGAUGGCGACGUCCCCAACGUGCCGGCGCACGAGCUGCCGGGAGACAUGCUCGCCUUGGCGCUUGGCAACGACACCACCUGCAUCCUCUCCGGCAGUGGCAGGGUCCAGUGCUGGGGCGCCGUUCAGGUGCCGGACCAGUACAGGAACACGGAUUUCCUGGCCAUUGAGGCCGACGGCGACGCGGUGUGUGGCAUCCUCAAGAGCAACUACUCCGUCGCGUGCUGGGGGAGGACCGACCGCUUCGGCGACGGCGGCAGCUUGGUCUACAACAGCACCAUGCCCGGCGCCUGCGCGCGUAAGAAGAGCUGCCCCUGCGACAUCAUCUCCGGCUCCGGCGCGCUCUGCGGCACCGGUGGCGCCGAGGACGGCGAGGAGCUCGCCGUCUGCCAGGCCUGUCCGAUGCCGCUGAACGCUUCCAGGAUCCUCAUUGCCAACGGGAGGGAUGUAUCGGCAGGCGGGGACGACGGCGGGAAGAAGAAGAAGAAGGCCAAGACCCUGACCGUCGCGCUCAGCGUGGGCGGCGUCGGCGUCGCGGUGCUCGCGGCGGCUGCGGUGGCGCUCUACCUCGUAGCGUACAGGAAGCGGCAGAACAACAACAAGAAGACGCUGACGCUGCGGCUCGGCGAGUCGUCGUCACGGCGGCUGUGCCGCGACGUGGAGGCCAUGGUCAUGCCGGCGCCGCAGGUGUCGCCGCUGCGGUCGGCGCGGCCGCUCGGGUGCGAGGAGUUCACGCUCCGGGACCUGUCGCGCAUCACCGACGGCUUCUCGGAGGAGAAGAAGAUCGGGAGCGGCAGCUUCGGAUCGGUGUACCGCGCCAAGCUCCCCGACGGGCGCGAGGUGGCCAUCAAGCGUGCGGAGCGCAGCGGCAGCGGCGGCCGCCGGCGGCGUCGCUUCGACGCGGAGCGCGCGUUCCGCGCGGAGCUCCGUCUGCUGUCGCGCGUGAACCACCGCAACCUGGUGCAGCUGCUGGGCUUCUGCGAGGAGCGCGGCGAGCGCAUCCUGGUGUUCGAGUUCAUGCCCCACGGCGCGCUCCACGACCACCUCCACGGCAGCAGCAGCAGCAGCAGCAGCAGCGACGGCGGGUACUCGCCGCUGUUCGCGUCGUGGGAGGCGCGGCUCCGGGUGGCGCUGGACGCGGCGCGCGGCGUGGAGUACCUGCAUUGCUACGCCGUGCCGGCCAUCAUCCACCGCGACGUGAAGCCGUCCAACAUCCUCCUCGACGGCGAGUGGACGGCCAAGGUGUCGGACUUCGGGCUGUCGCUGGCCAGCGGCAGCACGGCGGCGGCGGCCGCCGCGUCGUCGUCCGCCACGGCCGGCACGGUGGGUUACAUCGACCCGGAGUACUACCGGCUGCAGGAGCUGACGCAGCGGAGCGACGUGUACAGCUUCGGCGUGGUGCUGCUGGAGCUCGUCACCGGCCGCAAGGCCAUCCACCGGACGAGCCAGGACGGCAGCGGGUCCCCACGGAACGUGAUCGAGUUCGCCGUGCCGGCCGUCGAGACGGGCAACAUCACCAGGAUCCUCGACGAGCGCGUGCCGCCGCCGCGCGGGCACGAGGUGGAGGCGGUGUCGCGCGUCGCCAAGAUCGCCGCGGAGUGCGUCCGGCCACGAGGCCGCGCCAGGCCGAUCAUGUCCGAGGUGGUGGCGGAGCUGGAGUGGGCCGUCACUCUGUGCGAGGAGUCCGUCGUGGCCAGCGCCGCCGCGGCCGCGGCCGGCGCCGGGCAGAACAGCUCCCGGCACGGCGGCUCCGACCUGUCGCGGUCGCGGUCGCGCUCAGAGUCCGACGAUCCGAGCCCGUUCCACACCCGCGAGCUCGGCUUCGGCUUCGGCUUCGGCCUCAGCCUCGGCUCGAGCCAACCCAUCUCCCAUGGCAGGUCUCACUCGACAAUGUAAAAUCAUGUUUUUUGUCUUUUUUUUUCCCACGGUUGGUAUACAACAUAGGCUGAAUUAGUUGAUGUCCAUAAAAUUUUUAAAUUUUUAAAAGAAAAAAAAACAGAGAGGGAGAAAAGUUCUUCGGAUGGAUCGUUUCUUAUGUGAAUUGUUCCUAAUUUAAAGUUUUGAUUUGUAUAGAUGAGAAAAAAAAAAUCUCAGUGAGUGUUUGACCAAAUCUGACAUGUAGUAUGUAGUACUCUAGAUGAGAAGAGUUGUGGGGGAGGUGUAAGUAGGGUAGGAAGAAGCUAAUUUUUGUUUAUUUAUAUAUAAAAAAUUUCUUGGGGGGUUGGUAGAGGGGUUAGAGAAGAAGAUACAGAUGUGACUUGUGAGGUGUGGAGAUGUAACAACUGUACUUAACUCAACCAACUGUGUUAUACAAUUAUGAUAUCACACAUUUGGAAUGGGUGCAAUCAUCAGACUUACAAUCAUUUGAUUUGAUUGAUUCUUUGACAGGUGCCUUGUA